GCGGUGCAGCUUCUGUAGCCUCUCAAGCUUUAUUUCCAUUUUCUUCCCCAAAAUCCCCAAAUCGAGAUCUUGAAUUCGAUUCAGACCUUCGGAGCGGCAUCAAUGGAGUCGGCGGCGCUAUCGCAAAUCGGUCUAGCAGGCCUGGCGGUGAUGGGGCAGAACCUAGCCCUCAACAUCGCCGAGAAAGGGUUCCCAAUUUCCGUCUACAAUCGAACCUCUUCCAAGGUCGACGAAACCCUAGAUCGCGCCCAUCGCGAGGGCCAGCUACCUCUGACGGGACAGUAUUCGCCGAAGGAUUUCGUCCUUUCGAUCAAAAAGCCUCGGUCGGUUAUAAUUUUGGUCAAAGCCGGCGCUCCGGUCGACCAGACGAUCUCGGCGCUGUCCGCGUACAUGGAGCCAGGAGACACGAUAAUCGACGGCGGAAACGAGUGGUACGAGAACACCGAGCGGCGGAUGGUCGAGGCGUCGGAGAAAGGUUUGCUGUACUUAGGGAUGGGAGUUUCAGGCGGAGAAGACGGUGCCAGGAACGGUCCUUCGUUGAUGCCAGGCGGUUCGCACAGAGCAUAUUUAAACAUUCACAACAUACUCGAGCGAGUUGCUGCGCAGGUAGACGACGGACCUUGCGUGACCUACAUUGGCGAGGGAGGAUCUGGAAAUUUCGUGAAAAUGGUGCAUAAUGGAAUCGAGUAUGGAGAUAUGCAGCUGAUUUCAGAGGCCUACGAUGUUCUGAGGAACGUCGGAGGGCUGAGCAACGACGAAUUGGCUGAGAUUUUCGGGGAAUGGAAUCGAGGUGAAUUGGAGAGCUUUUUGAUCGAAAUCACCUCUGAUAUCUUCAAAGUGGAGGAUGAAGAAACAGGGGAGGGUCAUUUAGUCGACAAGAUUCUCGACAAGACAGGGAUGAAGGGGACGGGGAAAUGGACAGUGCAGCAGGCGGCGGAGCUGUCGAUCGCAGCUCCGACGAUCGCCGCUUCACUAGACAGUCGAUACAUGAGCGGAUUAAAGGAGGAAAGGGAGGCUGCAGAGGAGAUUUUCAGGAAAGAAGGGAUGAAGGAGGAGAUAAACAACAUUGGAAGCGUCGACAAGAAGAGAUUAGUAGAUGAUGUAAGGCAGGCAUUGUAUGCCUCAAAGAUUUGCAGUUAUGCACAAGGGAUGAAUUUGUUGAGGUCGAAGAGUGUGGAGAAGGGGUGGGGGUUGAAUUUGGGGGAACUGUCGAGGAUUUGGAAAGGGGGUUGUAUCAUUAGGGCCGUGUUCCUCGACAGGAUUAAGCAGGCGUAUCAGCGGAAUCCAGGGCUGGCGAAUUUGUUGGUCGACCCGGAUUUUGCGAGGGAGAUGGUGCAGAGGCAGGCGGCGUGGAGGAGGGUUGUGGGGGUGGCGAUACAGAAGGGGAUUAGUGUGCCGGGAAUGUCGGCGAGUUUGCAGUACUUUGAUACGUAUAGGCGCGGGAGACUUCCCGCGAAUCUUGUGCAGGCACAAAGGGAUUACUUUGGAGCGCAUACUUACGAGAGGAUUGAUCGUCCGGGAUCUUACCAUACCGAGUGGUCCAAGCUUGCUCGGAAGGCGCGAGUUUAAUGGUAAGUGCUGUUUAAUCGAGCUUUUGAAGAUGGUUAUUGAAUAUUGCUCUAUGUUGCGCGGUUUGAUUUAUCGAGGGGGUUAAUUGAACUUGAGUUAUUUAGUUGACGAGGAUUUCUUGCGAAAGACAAAGCAUGUUGUAGUUUCUGCAUUGCAUUUAAUAACGGGACGUGUCUUUUCGAAUGGCAUUGGUGAUUUUGUUUUCUUGCUAUGGAAAUGCUUAUUGGCCGUGCUCGGGUUUUGUUUGUUAUUCUA